UCUCUCUCUCUCUUUAAAAUCUAUUUACUCUCUUUUCUCUAAUUCUCCCCAAAUUCACAAAUCCUCUCUGAUCUAUCAAAAUCCAUAGAGUAUUUGAUACGAGUUCUUUGGACCAAAUCGGCAAGCACACUGAGGGCUAUAUUUUGAUAGGUUGAAUCGAAGAUCCAGCGAUGUUGAUAUUUGGGAGUUUUCUUCUCUCCCUCUUCCAAAAACUUGAGUCAUAUAUAGUGUACAUGGGAGUGCAUUCACAUGGACUAGAAGAUGCGGAGGCUACUGUUAGCAAGGUGAAAGAUUCACAUUGCCAGUUUCUUGCAUCCUUCUUGGGAAGUAGUGAGAAGGCCAAAGAGGCAAUAUUUUACUCUUACUCUCAAGAUAUCAAUGGUUUUGCUACAACUCUUGAGGACGAGAAAGCAGCAGCAAUUGCAAGUACGUACAAACAUUAUAAACUCUUGAUGAUGAUGAUGACAGCGAGGCAGAUGUAUUUGGGGUUUUUUUUUUUUAUGAUGAUGAUAGCUUUUGGUGAGAGAGAAUGAGGGGCAUCAAAGGCUUUUUGGGUUGUGUGUUUCUAACCUUAAGAUGUGUUUGUUUGUUUGUUUUUUUUUUUUUUUAAAGUUUUGUUUGUUCUUUAUUUAUAUAGAUU